CAGGGACUGGGGAGCUGAGGGGGCUGGAUGGGUGUCAUUUGCAAUCAUUGCUUUCCAGAGCUCUCUAGAACAUAACGAGUCAUUUAGCAAAAAAACUCAACAUGUUUUGCUAAGUGUGAACUCAGAGCCUGGGUCAGGUGUCGCCUGGGAAAUCAAGAGAAUCAAAUUGCCCCUGAGCUUCCUCCCAGUCAGCAUCCAUCGACUCUAAAAUAACCUCACCUUAACUCCAUCUUCACUCCCCAGCAGCUUCUGGGUCAGAAAUUAGACCCAGCAGAGGCUUCAGAAAACAUUCAUGUGCAGUCUGACUGUUUAUCCCUUGCUCGCCCUCCAUGCCUGUGCAGCACCCCGAGUAGCCGCUGGCAGAGCUGGUGUCACACCCACGCCAUGGCUCAGGCAGUGGAGACAGGCAGCUGCAGACUAUGUCCCCAGUCCCUCCUUGAUUUUCAGCUGAUGGCCUUCAUGGGGCUUGUUUUGCUGUCUGAUUCCAUCAGCAGGAGCAGCAGCCCCUCCUGAGCCCUGUCCCUGGGAUUUGUGGUGUUCCCUGGGCCUCCCCUCACCCAGGAGCCCAGCAGGACUCUGACCCUUAUCCUGCAGUACUGGGGGCUCAUGGCUGGGACCAGAGUGAGCUGCCUUGCCAGGAAAACCCCAGGGAAGGCUCCGGGGGCUCUGCUGCUCUGCGCAGGAUUGGGGCACUCACAGAGGCAGCAAGAGCUGUGUCUGGACAUGGAUUAUAUGCGUCAGGGGAGGGGCCCAGGCUGGGAGCUGCUGUUCCAGGGAUUUGGCACUGGGCUGUUGAAUUCCAGCCUCAUCCCGCUAAUGACAACCUGCCUGGGGAAAGAGGGCUCCCCUCUUUGUGCCCCAUUUCUCCAGGGGGACGCUCGGGCUUCUGGGGGUCACAAGGGUUGGAACUGGCUGGGUGGUGGGAGCAAGCUGAGCAUCAGCAUGUCCCUGAAAGGCAGGAGACAGCCCUGGGGCCAUGCCAGGGGGAUGCAGGUGACAAGGGAUGGUGACAGCUGCAGUGAGACCAGCUCUGACCUGACCCGGUGACGGUGUAAGACCCCAUCCAGGUGGCUGCUCCCUUCACCCCCCUGCCCCAGGAUGGAGUCUCCAGCCCCUCUCCCGAGGAGAUCGAAUGCAGACAUGCCCUGAAGUCACUGCGGGUGCCUGGGAGAGCAGGACAGAUCCCAGCAUAUCUCCCCAAAACAAUCCCAUCCCCGGAGAAGGAAAGGGGUUAAACUGGAGUCUGCCUGAAAGACAUCCCAUCACAGGAGCAUCAGCUUGAGGUGCUGCUCACGUGCUUGCACCCUCUGCCUCCCUGCCUCCAGCCACCUCGCUGGGAUUUUCCCCACCUUCCUCCAGCUACUUGGGACCAGUCUGGGGCUAGAAGGGACUUAAGAGCGUGGGGGCAGUGGGGGAAUCCUGUGACAGUUGAAAAAUGAGCCACCAGGCAGUGAGAGAAGUUUCUGAAAAGAGAAGAGGAAUCUGCCUUGAAUGAAGAGGAUUUUAGCACCUUGGGCUAAGCCAAUAAACCUCUGCCAUCUCCAUCCAAACGAGAUUUGUUUGCACACGCUCCUGGAGCUGCUUAAAGCAGGCAAGACACAAAGAGAGAAUAGGAUCAAGCAUGGUGGGGGGAGAAACCCCCCUGCCUGGAGAGCCUCUGAGCAGAUCCCUCUAGGGAUCCCACAGGGACAGGGACCUCACCCAGCCCCGAUCCCCAGGGACGGGCUGUGCCCCCACUGCCACCUCACCUCAGUGGGGCUGGCAGCCAGCAAGGUGCUCCCAGAAGAUGCUCUGUCCUGCUGAACACACCAGUCCUCUCCACCACUGCGAUUCUGGUCCCUGAAGUCCCCAUCCGAGUGACACGGUGGCACCAUGGAGGCAUCUGGCCCUGUGGGAGGCAUCAUGGUGACUCUCCUCUGCUGCUGCCUCCUGAGCUCGGCGUGGGCUCUGAUCGAUCCCGAUGAUGUUCUCACGAAAGAAGAGCAGAUCUAUCUCCUGGUGGAGGCUAAGGAAAAGUGUCAGAGGGACAUAAAGGCCCAGCUGGAGAAGAUCAAAGACCCCAGCUGCCCUCCAGAGUGGGAUGGGAUCAUCUGCUGGCCAAGGGGCUCCCCCAGCCAGGAAGUGUCAGUGCCCUGCCCCGACUACAUCUACGACUUCAACCACAAAGGCAAGCCUUGUACCUGGGCAGAGAGCGACCUCACCCUGGUGACAAUCCACGGAGCAGGGACAAGUCUGGGCUUCCCAUGGGUCCUGCCGCUGCCACAGUGCUCGUUGCUGUUCCCAGGUCACGCCUACAGGUACUGCAGUGCCUAUGGGACCUGGGCCAUGGCUCUCAGCAUCAACAAGACCUGGGCCAACUACACGGAGUGUGCCCCGCUCUUCUCCUCUGAGAGCCGGAGCCACCAGAAGGAGGUGUUUGACCGCCUGCACCUCAUGUACACCGUGGGCUACUCCAUCUCCCUGGCCUCCCUUAUUGUCGCUGUCUGCAUCCUCUCCUACUUCAAGCGCCUGCACUGCACACGGAAUUACAUCCACGUGCACCUCUUCACCUCCUUCAUCUGCCGGGCCCUCAGCAUCUUCCUCAAGGACAUGGUGCUCUACUCGGGCACGGUGCCCAGCGACGCCGACAGGAUGCGGGAAGAUGAUUUCAGGGGUCCCUUGCCAGGACAACGGGGCCACCUGGUUGGCUGCAAGGUGGUGGUGACUCUCUUCCUCUAUUUUCUGGCCACCAACCACUACUGGAUCUUGGUGGAAGGUCUCUACCUGCACAGCCUGAUCUUCAUGGCCUUCCUCUCCAACAAGAACUACCUGUGGGUCCUCAUCAUCAUCGGCUGGGGUCUCCCUGCUGUGUUUGUGUCCAUCUGGGCCAGCGUCAGGGCCUCGCUGGCAGACACACAGUGCUGGGACCUCAGUGCAGGGAACAUGAAAUGGAUUUAUCAGGUCCCCAUCCUGGCUGCAGUAGUGGUGAACUUCUUCCUCUUCCUCAACAUUGUCCGGGUGUUGGCCUCCAAGCUCUGGGAGACCACCACGGGCAAGCCAGAUCCCCGGCAGCAGUACAGGCAACUGCUCAAGUCCACGCUGGUGCUGAUGCCACUUUUCGGAGUCCACUACGUGGUGUUCAUGGCCAUGCCCUACACCGAGGUCUCCGGGAUCCUGUGGCAGAUCCAAAUGCACUACGAGAUGCUUUUUAACUCCUCCCAGGGUUUCUUUGUGGCUUUUAUCUACUGCUUUUGCAAUGGGGAGGUGCAGGCCGAGAUCAAGAAGGCUCAUUUCCGCAGGCUCCUGGCGCUGCGCUUGGGGCAGCAGGCGCGCCCCGGGAGCUGCUGCUGCGCUGGGCAGGGCUCCCAGGCCCCCCAGAGCUGCAGCACCAGCCUGGCAGGGCGGGCAGCGGGGGGCACCCAGGGACUGCUGCUCCCGGCCCGGCCCCACCUGCCCGGGUACAUCCCCGGCGCCUCGGACCAGCUCCUGCCCUGCCCCGCGCAGGAACUGAGCCACAAAGCCUGGGGAGAAAACACGGUGGAUUUGACGGGGCUGACUCAAUGUCAGGCCAAACCCAACAAGGAGCUGGAGACGAUGCUGUGAAGCAGAGGGUGGAUUUCCCACCAAAACCAAGCCAUAAAACCUCAUUCUCCUCCAGUGCAAGUGACUGAUGUGAUCUCUGUGCUUGCAAAGCCGUGCCUCUUCACCAGGAAAUGCCGCCGUGCUCGCUCCUACCCCACAAGGGGGAGGUGACCUCUCCAGGGCGGGUGAAGCCCAUCCGUGAGCCCAAUGCUGCCUCAGACUCUCCUGCCCAGCACCAGCUCCGGCCUUGUCCAGCCAGGGGAGCACAGAGUGCCUGUGGGGCGGCUCUGCAGCUCACCCUGCCCUCCCUCAUCGUCUGCCACUCGUGGAUGGAGUGAACACCAACACACAACCACAAACUGGAGCAGGAGGCACUGGGACAGGGUGGGAUGAAGGAGGCAGGACAAAUUUUAUGGCCUGGAAGGGUGCAGGGAACACCUGAAUCCCCAACACUUCAUCCAUUACCACAAAGGCCCCUGCAUGCAACUGUUGUGGCCCUGUCAGCUCACUGCAGGCUAAGAAGUGAAUAAAGAGAGUCUGCCUGG